AUGUCCUUUGCCCUGGACUUGAGUUCUGCUGUCCUGCGAGCACGUGCUGACGGCAAAUUCUGUGACAUCAGUGUCGUCGUGAAGGGUCAAGACCACCGCUGUCACCGCCUCGUACUGUGCUCGGCGUCCUCUUUCUUCAAGACCGCGCUUGGUGACACCGAGAACUCCACUGGUAAGAUGAUCAUCCGGGGCAUCGACCUGAACAUAUUCACCAUCCUGCUGGACUACAUCUACGGUGAAGACGUGGUGCUGACUGGAGACAACGCUGCUGAUAUCAUGUUUGCGUCUUUGAAGCUCGGCAUGGAAAGACUGCAGCACGAAUGUGAGCGUUACCUAGGCGACCACAUGACGUCAGAGACAAGCAUUGAAGUAUGGAGAACGUCAAGGAUUAAGAAGUUGGCAGAUCUUCAGACUCUCGCCUUCGACUAUAUCGUGGCCAACUUUGUUGAUGUUGCUAGUACCGAAUCUUUCAAAGCACUGAAGGCGGAUGAACUAAGCGGUAUCCUAAGAGAAGAUAAGCUCAAAGUUCCAAGUGAGGAGUUCGUGUUCGAUGCAGUGAUGAAAUGGCUGAGGCACAAUCCAUCUUCAAGAAAGGGCAAUCUGUCGACAGUGCUAGCAAGUGUCCGCCUCCCCUUCAUCAACCCUCACUAUCUCCUUCACUGCAUCGCCUCCAAUGACGUCGUCAUCCGCAACAAGUUAUGCCUGCAACUAGUUGAAAAUGCCAAGGCCUAUCAGCUUCUUCCAGGAAGGAGGGCAGAGUUUUCGUCCUCGAGGACUGUCCCAAGGACAUCAGCCGGCGUGGAGGAUAUCAUUAUUGUCAUUGGCGGUUACGUCGAAAAACAUCGACAGCAGGAUGGUUCGUCAGCAACAUCAACACCAACCUACCCAACCUCACGGACUGUGCAUGGCUAUAGUUUUCAGUCUAACCACUGGUACAGACUCGCCUCGUUGCCUCACGAUCCCGGCUUCGACUUCGCUACAAGUGCCCAUGGAUCCACUAUCUUUGUCAGCGGCGGGACUUUGACCAGCAAACGUCUUCAGAGAUUUGACAAGAACAGAUGGAUCAGUGAGAACAGCCUGCCUGAGCAGAGAUGUUCCCACUCUUCAGCAGUGGUUGGUGAUCACCUGUAUCUGGUCGGGGGUCUGUGGUUCGACGCCAGGGGUGUGUGCGGCGGAAUGGUCUCAUCCAUCAGCAAGUUCUCCGUGUCCAGCGAUGUCUGGGGAAACUGUUCUGGUAUACUACAAAUCCCUGUACAGAAGCCAGCAGUCGCGGUCAUCCACGACAAGAUCUACAUGUUCGGCGGUGUUGACCAGUACGGCAACUACGUGAAAAAGACCCAGUACUACGACACCUCCAAAGAUGAAUCGUGUGUUCUGCACUCGACCCCCAGUCCCGCCACUGAGAUCCGGGCCCUCACUAUCGAUGGCGAGGUGUAUCUUGUAUCCAGAUAUGGCCUCCAGCAGUUCACAGAUGGCAAACUCAUCUGUAAGGCAAGUCUGCCGGAGCUCGACGGAUGUGUGGACUUUGAGAUUUGUCAACACCGGGGACAGGUGCAUGUCAUAGGGGGAUCCCAUGAAGGAGAUCUACGUGCUUCGCGUGUCCUCAUCAGCAAGAACAGCUUCGAGGUGAAGACGCAGCCCCACUUCUUAGGCUUUCACCGAGCUGGAUUUGGUUGUGUGAAGGUCACAUUAGGGAAGAAGUACUUGAAAGGAAACCGACACUGA